AUGGUCCUCGUGCUCGUCAUCGGCGACCUCCACAUUCCGCACCGGAUACACGACCUGCCCGCCAAGUUUAAGAAGCUGCUCGUGCCGGGCAAGAUCCAGCAGAUCCUCUGCACAGGCAACGUCUGCGACCGCGAAACGUACGAGUACCUCCGCAGCGUCGCGCCCGACGUGCACGUCGUCCGGGGCGACUACGACGAGAGCAAUUUCCCGUUGUCGGCGACGGUGACGCAUACGCCGAUACGGAUUGGCCUCGUACAUGGGCACCAGUCCAUCCCGACGGGCGACCUCGACUCGCUCAGCGCCAUUGCGAGGCAGUUGGACGUCGAUGUGCUGAUUUCUGGGCAUACACAUACAUUCCAGGCGGUCGAAUACGACAACCGCUUCUUUGUCAACCCUGGCUCUGCAACGGGCGCGUGGAUAGGCUCCAUGAAUGGCGAGCCCACACCCACCUUCGCGCUCAUGGACAUCCAAGGCCCCGUCGUCGUGACGUACGUCUACCAGCUCAUCGAGGGCGAAGUCCGCGUGGAGAAGAUCGAGUACCGGAAGGACACGGAGGCGUUUAAGGAGGCGCCGCGGAGCACGGUCCUCCCGCAAAGCAUACCAAGUAGCCCUGUGCCGCCCCAGCAGCAGAGCGUCUGGUGA